UUAGGCUAGGUUAAGUUAGGUUAAUAAUUACAACCGCCGCAUCUUCAGUUAGAGAAACUGGAAAAUAUUCAACAGAUCUCGGCACAUAUUCGGCACAGUGGAAUCUUUUCAUCCAUAAUCACCAAUAGCUUUUAUUGUAUUAUACAUAAGUAGUACAUUACUUAUAAAAAUCAAAUUAUUUAGUAGUUUCAAAAACAUGUCAAUGGACUGAAGUCGUCUGCUGGCGGACGAAAAGAUUUUUGUAGCUUACUUCAUUUCGAAGUACCGAUAGUUAAAAAAUGGCGACUAUCGCUAAUUACGCUUUUUCUCCUGAUGGAAAAUAUUUUGCUUAUUGUGGAAAUGAUGGAAAAUUAAAAGUUUGGGACACAGGAACUGGUCGUUUAAAGCAAGAAUAUGUUUCAAACUUUCAUCUUUCUUCUCCGUGUUGCGUUUUGGCGUGGCUUUAUGUUAAUUCCCGGUCAACAAAUACAUCGCCUUCACCAUGGAAAAAACGCAGGAGGAAAUCAGUUACAGAAGAACCCAUUCAGAAGGGUGUUGUUGCAAUGGGUUCAACAAAUGGAAAAGUCACACUUUAUGAUACAACAACAUCUUCAGUUUCAUCUCAGUUAGAUGGUCAUGCUAGUACAGUUACUGCAGUAACUUGGUCUGAGAAUGUUGGUUUAUUUACUGCAGCAGAUGACCAUCAUAUUAUUCAUUGGAAUCUUCAAGAAAAUGGGGUAAAAUGUAAAUGGAAGUCAGGGAAAGGAAAAACCACAUCAUUAAUAGUCACAGAAGAUGGAAAAAGUUUAUUGUCGGGGGAGAGGGUUGUUAAAUGGUGGGAUUUGAAUACUAAACAGCUGAUCAGGACAUUCACAGGUCAUGCUAAUCAAGUUACGUGUCUUUGUGCUGUUAAGAUGCCACUUGGACACAAUUAUGUUAUUAGUGGAGCUUAUGGUGAUGGUUGUCUUAGUGUUUGGGCUUUGGAUGAACAAAGAAGUGAUAAAGCUGCUGUAGCAAGUUUAGCUCUACAAGAUGAUGCUAUAAGUGUAUCUGUAAAUAUCUCUGAAAAUUCACAAGUUAUUGUAUUGGUAGUAACUAGGUCUGGACAAGCACACUUGUUUCAAUACCAGCCAAAUGGUCGAACGAAACCUUUGAAGCCUAGUUUAAAUAUUGCAGUUGCUUCUGAUAUUAGUCAAAAAGACAGUAUUCAACAAAUUUCCAUCUUAGAUGCAAAAUUGAUGGAAGAUCAGAAACUGCUACUGGCAUAUGGAACGUAUAUCACUCCUAUAUUUGAAAAGGUUACUCCAGAUUUUUCUAACAAAGUACAAUGUUUAGUACGCUCAGAUAGUAAGAGAAGUAAAGAUAGGAAGGAAGAAAUUACUAAAGUAAAGUCUACAGUAAUAGAAGACAAUGUGGAGUACCUUGCACCUGUUGAAGCCACAACAAAAAGGACUAAAAGUGGUUCUGGAUCACAAUUACUAUUAAAAGACAGACUAGAAAAUUUGAGCCUAGGCACUGAGAGUAGCCCUACUGGAAAAAUUACAACCACAGGUAGCAAUCGAGCACAGCUUCUGUUACAAGGCUUAAAUAGUAAAGACAAAACUAUAUUAAACAAUAUUUUUCUCACCAAGAAUGAGUCUAUUAUUAGGAAUACCAUUACUAAAUUACCAAUUCAGGCAAUUGGUCCACUACUUAAAGAACUGACUAUCCUACUUCAGGGUAAAACUUACACGAGCAAAAUUGCAGUACGAUGGUUAGAGGCAUUGCUAAUGGUACAUGCAAGUCAUUUUUUGUCACAAGCAGACCUUGUGGAAUUAUUUGGACCAAUUUUAAAUUUAAUAGAUGCCAAAUUAGCUCUUUUAACAGAGCUUUCGAAACUUAAGGGACGUGUUUCUCUUGUUACUGGCCAAAUUGCUCAAACAAUGGAGGAACAUGAUAAGGAUAUUACUGAAAAUUGUUUAAUUUAUCAAGAUUCAGAUACAUCAGACGAAGAUGAUGGAGUCGAAGAUGAGGAUUUAGAAAGCGAAUCUGAUGAAAAUUGGGAAGAAAUGUCGAAUCGAGAAGAUCAAGAAGAUCAAGAGGAUCAAGAGAAUCAAGAUGAUCAAGAAGAACAAAAUGACGAAGAUGCCAGAAGCACGAAUUCUGACACAGAAGAAGAGAAAUCUAUAUCCAGUUAAAUAUUAAUUUAGUCUUCUUAUACUUUCUUCUCCUUUCAAAUACUCGCGCCUUUUAAUCUUUGAGAGAAGAAAUGAUAACUUUGUGCGAUACGAUUUGGAGGUUAAGGCAUAUGAUGGGGUGUAUGCUGUGUAAAUUUUCUAUCAGAAGGAUAGUACACGCAAAUAGUUUUGUAAUUUUGUCUAAAUGAAUGUAUUUUAAUAAAAUUUAGUAACCGUUUUA